GCUGUUUAGUCUUUAAGAGAGCGCGAAUGAUAGAAGACAGUUUACGUUGUAUAUAUCUGUAUGUUGAAUCGUGCAAAGUCAGUUACGAUACCAAAUGUUGAAACUGAGGUGCGAAUAUUUCAAAAUUCCAUUGCGAUACUUUUGUUCGAUCGAUUAAGAUUCAUCCAAUGUGUUCAUUGAAGAUCAUUACCUCUACGAUUUUCCAUAGUCAAAAAUAAACAUUUGUUCAAGUCAAUAUAUAAGAGUGCGGAAGUUCGAAAUCAUCUAAAAGCCACCUGCAAUAUUUAGAAUACCUACGUGCACAUAAUUGCGAACGUCAUUUGGUGACAGAACUUCAACUUUUUCAACAGCAAUAUUUCGAGCUCAGAAAAAAAAAUAUUUAAAACUAAAACACUAUGGCAGUGAUAACAAGAAGUGAAAACAUAGAAAAACCUUCGGUAGAAAGUAAUGACAAACUAGACAAACAAAACAACGUGACCCUCUCAGUUGGUGAAUUCUUCGCAUUCAAAAAUGUUUUCAUUACUGGAGGAACUGGAUUUUUGGGAACCGUUCUUAUUGAAGCCCUACUCGAUACACAUCCAGAUAUUGGUAUUAUUUACGUUCUAGUUCGAGGUAAACGUAAAGUUGAUCCAAACGAUAGAAUAUCAAGACUUCUUCAGAAACCGAUUUUUCAAAAGUACAAUGAAUCCACUCUUCAGAAAGUUGUUCCUGUUGUUGGUGAACUUAGCGAGCCGAACUUCGGAUUCAAAGACGAUCUUCUGCAAGAGCUGACAGAAAAAGUGAACAUCAUUUACCAUAGUGCCGCCACUAUUAAAUUUAGUUCACCACUUCGAACUGCCAUUCGAACUAAUCUCACGGGUACAAUGCGGACAAUAGAGUUUGCGAAACAACUCAAAAAUCUUUCUGCUUACGUUUAUUGUUCUACUGCCUUCUGCAAUAGCAAUAACCGUGGUCUAAUUAUGGAAGAUGUAUAUAAGUCCCAGUAUGAUCCCUAUGAGAUGAUGAAAAUGGCAGACGAUGACACGGCUUGGACUAAUUUUACAGAUGUCAAGUGCAAGGAGAUCAUAGGCGACCAUCCCAAUACUUAUACAUUCACUAAAAAUUUAGCAGAGAACCUCAUGAUUUCAGAAAUGUCUGGAUUGCCAGCUGCCAUUGUUCGACCUUCAAUUGUUUAUGGAACAUGGGAGCAUCCAAUGGAGGGCUGGGUAGGUAAUGCCAACAGUGGCCACUUGGGAUAUCUUGCAGGAUUUAUCAAGGGUAUCUUCAGGACAAUGUGUGGCAAAGCGUCUUCUGUAAUUGAUAUUAUACCAUGCGACUACGUCAUAAAUGCUUCUCUUGUGAUGGGUUGGUAUGUAGGCACACGAACCAUCUCCGUUCCAGAAGUAAUCCAUUGCACUUCGGGCGAAGUAAAUCCACUGACGUUGUCGGAGUUUUCAGAUAUUAUGAAUGCUAGUGUAAAGCGACACCCGCCAGAUAACUUUGUGUGGAAACCAAAGACGAAGCUUAGAAAUGGUUGGAGAUACAAUCUCUUUUUUUAUCUAUUUCACAUUUUGCCUGCCAUGGUAUUCCAUAUUCCAGAGAAAAUUUUACCAAUUGGAAUGCCGCACCACACAGCUUUGGAAUAUAUGAGAGUAUUCAAUAAAGGAGCCAAAGCCUUUGAUUAUUUUCUUGAUAAGGAUUUUCGUUAUUCACUUAAAAAAGCUCUGAAAAUAAUGUCGACUUUGAAUGAAAAAGAUAAAAAACGCUACAACUUCGACUCAACGGUUUGCGAUUGGUCUGCAUUUAUAGACCGUUGUUUAAUUGGAGUACGGCGCUUUUAUUUUAGAGAGUCUGCUGUAACAACAUCGUGGCAUCGAAGAUAUUGGAUGACAUUCGAAAUCCUCUACUACCUGGGAUAUGCUCUCAUCUUUGCUGCCAUUUUUGGUAUUUUAAAUGCACUUCUUGGUCUUAACGCUGGACUUCCAAUAGCUAUAUUAAUUUGGGUGUUUUUGGUGUGGUUAUAAUAAUGUAACAAGUACCAAUUUAUUAAGUAAGUUAUGGUAGAAUAAGAAAAAAUAAAUAAAUC